CCUGUUGCAUAUGUAAGAACCGAGAGUCCAAACGAACCUGUUCGAACUGGGAUUUAAAUCAACAGGAGCGAAGACCUCAAUGGGCUGACUCGUAAAAUCCCGUCAGACGCGUGGACUCCCGACUGUCCGCGGUCCGAGAGCUCCGUAGCGUUCACUUGCGUUGGGAAACGGUUUUCCAGGGAACUGUCGGCCAUAUGCAUCGAUACCACGCCCGGAGUGGAGACUUUAACACGGGGGCAACACCGCUCAUGCAAAUAUUCCCAAGCACAAGUUCGUGUGCAGGAGACUUCAGUGCGGUCUAAAGAGGAACUACUGUGUUGUGUGGACUUUCAUUAUUGAGCGUCAAAUAUAAAAACGGUCUGCAAUGGAGUUAUUAAAUCCAAAGGAUCUGUUGCUUUUUUGAGUGGUAUAAAACAGUUAAACGGGAUUUCAGCCACUGUUACAUGUUCAAUACCGUUCGCUGUAACAUUCGACUGCCGUUUUCAGAAAUAUCAGGACGGUUUAUGGUUUGGAUCCUCUCCUCGGCGCGCGGCGAGAAACUCUUUCCCUGGCUUUAUCUAAACGACCGCAUGAUGUUCUUUCAAUGGAAUUGAUGAACAGCUCCGAAUCGUAAAUUGCCGCGGAGAAUCAUGACGCUGGACACCAUCAUGGCGUGCUGCCUCAGCGAGGAGGCGAAAGAAGCGCGACGGAUCAACGACGAGAUCGAGCGGCAGCUCCGGCGCGACAAGAAAGACGCUCGGCGCGAGCUCAAGCUGCUUCUGCUGGGAACUGGAGAGAGUGGGAAAAGCACCUUUAUUAAACAGAUGAGAAUCAUUCACGGCUCAGGCUACUCGGAAGAGGACAGGAGAGGCUUUACCAAGCUGGUCUACCAAAACAUCUUUACGUCGUUGCAGGCCAUGAUACGGGCAAUGGAUACUCUCCAGAUCCACUACAAAUAUGAACAUAAUAAGGCCAAUGCAAACAUUGUGAGAGAAGUUGAUGUAGAGAAGGUGUUUUUGUUCGUCAACCCCUACGUGGAUGCCAUCAGAAGUUUAUGGAAUGACCCAGGAAUUCAGGAGUGUUAUGACCGGAGGAGAGAAUACCAGCUCUCAGAUUCCACAAAAUAUUAUCUAAAUUCACUGGAUCGCAUCGCCGAACCUUGCUAUGUUCCCACCCAGCAAGACGUGCUCAGGGUCAGAGUUCCCACAACAGGGAUCAUUGAAUACCCCUUUGACCUACAGAGUGUCAUAUUCAGGAUGGUAGAUGUCGGAGGACAGCGAUCAGAAAGGAGGAAGUGGAUCCACUGCUUUGAAAACGUCACCUCCAUCAUGUUCCUGGUAGCGCUCAGUGAAUAUGAUCAAGUUCUGGUGGAGUCUGACAAUGAGAAUCGCAUGGAGGAAAGCAAGGCAUUGUUUAGGACAAUAAUAACAUACCCCUGGUUCCAGAAUUCAUCGGUUAUUCUUUUUCUGAACAAGAAAGACCUUUUGGAGGAGAAAAUAAUGUUUUCACACCUUGUAGAUUACUUUCCCGAAUAUGAUGGGCCGCAGAGAGACGCUCAAGCCACGCGGGAAUUCAUCCUGAAGAUGUUUGUCGACCUGAAUCCAGACUCCGAAAAAAUCAUUUACUCUCAUUUCACCUGCGCCACGGACACAGAAAACAUCCGAUUCGUGUUCGCCGCGGUCAAGGACACCAUCUUGCAGCUCACGCUUAAGGAAUACAAUCUGGUCUGAACGGCGACCGGUUGUGGUUUUAUCUUUGUCAAUUAUCUUUUUCAAUUAAAAGACUUGUCAGUCUGCAGCUAAAGUCUGCCGUAAUGCUGUGAUCCACUAAAAUCUGCUUUAACAGGUCAAGCGGUCCGCUAAUUCUGCUCUGAAAUUGGACACACGAGUAACACAAGCUGCUCACCGCUUCAUCGGAGCUACUUCACAGGGUUCAACUUGAAUGUUAUUACUCCAAUUCAAUGAAAAACAUUGUCAUUGAACUUUAUAUUAAGGUUUAUUCUGUAGCAGGUUCUUUUUGGUUUUUAAGUUGUGUUCAUUGAGAUAUAAAUGUUGUGUAGAUUUCUCCAACUUGGACAUAUUAAUUAUUCUGUGUGGUGAGGUCUUUAGAAAGCAAUGAAGGUACUUAUAUGGUAUUGUAACAUGGUAUUUUUUUUAAGAGUCAGAGCAAGCUUAUUAGAUAAGGAAGGGUCUUUUGUCAUUUCUAAGGCACAUGCAUUGAAAAAUAGAUGACAGCUAGUUUACAUUAAGAUUUACAUAAAGUGCCAAAGUUCUUUAAAUGGGAUUGUUUUAUAACAACUAUACAACAGGCAAUAAGUUGCCCUCACCAGUAUCAUUUGUUUGGUUUUACAUUUCUUCCUGGAGCAGAUUGUUGUACACCUGUCGUUCAUGACCUGAUCCAUUAAGAUGAUGUGCCACAGAUCCCAUUCCUGUGCAUUCUUAUCUUUAACUACAAAUGUGCCAUUUAGAGAUUUUCUGUAAUACUUGCAUACGUUUAGAUUUUUUUUUUUUCCCGUGAUAAAAUUACACAACAGAUGUUCUCAGUGAGGCAAUGACGCUCUUACUGGUGAUGUACUGACUUGACUGUGGUUAGUGUGGUGUAAUAAAGCUUUGGUCAACAUUUGCAGUUGUUUUUAAAGACAGUA